CAUAUGCUCAUGUGUAUAUAUUUUCAAUUGAGGCAAUGAACAUCAAUUUGACCUAUAAAAGUCAUUUUUCUGUAGCAAAUUGAUUCACAGUAUGAAAAAUCUUUGUCAUUGAUGAAGAUACAAACAGGUCAUUAUUAUCCAAGGAAAUUUAGACCCUCACCUGGUGUGUUAUCAGCACAUGCAACAUCAUAGCAAAUACCCAUUUUUCAACGAUGCAUAAAAAUAUACCAAUGUACAGAAAUGAUUUUCCUUGUUGCUGCAGAGAAAACAAUGAAUAAUAACAGCUUUCAUGAUUCAAAGCAUUAAAAGUCUGUGGAGAAGCAUAUGGUUAUAGAGCUUCACAGAGAAAGGCAGUGACUGUUGAAGAGUAAUACUUGCAUCUUAGGAUAGUUGGUUUGCAAUGGUUAUAAAGGGCGUUGGGUGGCCUCUUGGACUGGAGACUGUUAAUAUCAGAGUGGAGAUAAUGAAUGGCAUAAGAGCCAUGGAGAGAACUCCAUUCCAUUUGACCACACCCAGUUCCUCUUCACUCUCUUCAUCAAACCUUGACACAGAGUCUAGUACAUCAUUUUUUACAGAGAGGAGCACUACACUGGGGAAUCUGAUAGGCAUUACCCCUACUCAACACACAAGUGGCAAUGUUCAUUCAGAAGAGUUGAGGUGGAUGAGUACAAAUGGCAGGAGAGCUAAGAAUAAUGGCAAGAUGAGGAGUUGGAGGUUGCUGAUUGGGUGCACAGAUAUGAAUAUAGAUGAAAGUGCAGUCAGCAAAACUGAUAAUAACAAUGCACCUUCCCUCAGGGAUUUACUGGAAGCACAAAGAAGUGCUAGAACAGUAGAGGAAAAUGUGUACAUCAAUGUAAUGUAUGAGGCCUCUGAGUUGGAGAUAACUCCUCUUUUGUUGGGUGGUCAGGGUAUUCCAGAGAGCUUGAAUACUAGGGAAUUUUGUGCUACUGGUAUGCCAUCAAUUGAGGACAUUUCUGUUAAUGGAAGCAUCUUGAAUAUUCUUUCAGAGAACUGAGCAAAGCACAGCACCCCUUGACAUACAAGUGCAAAUCAUAUGCCAUUAAAUGAUUUUAUGUGUUUGGAAACUUCAUGUUAUUCUAUGCAAUUUUUAAGAGUGUAUAUAAACAUAUGCUUCUGCAUAUUUGCCAUUUGUACAUAAAUAUGUAUAUAUAUACACCCACAUAUGUGGAUGUUAUGUGCAAAAAGGAAUUUUUACUUUUUAAGAAAAUAUUUAUUGUGAGUGAUUCUUACUA